CAUGUUUUAAAGUCUCUGCCAGACUUCAGCCUCGCACGCUACUUCCUGGAUGGAAGAAUGGAAAGCUUCUAGUGCUGCUCCAACAAUUCCUUCAAUUUCGCAAAAAUCGCUGCUGCUGCAGCUCUGCGCUGCAUGGACUAGUGCUACUAGAGAACCUCUGCUAAUAUCCCUAUUCUAACCACAAAUGAAAUCAAACAAGUUUGAACGUUGUUUCUCCUAAAUGUCAUGUUUUUCUUUGGGAGUAUUAAGAAGCUGUUUGGAAGAAGGUUUUAAGAAGUAGCCUAAAGACUGUUUCCUGGACGUUCUAUCUCAGAAAAUUCCCUUGAACAGGCGCAGCCGAUUUUAGCAGCAUCUCGCGCUGCUUUUACGCAGCAGGCGUUGGUAUUUGAACAGAAGGAUAACUCAACAGUUGCCCUUUUUACUCUCGAUGUUCAUAUUGUCAUGCGGAGGCUACUGCAAUCGUGUUGGUGGAUCUUGUCUUUAAUUUUGCCUGCAAUCGUGCUCCUAAGGGCAGACUGCCACCCCGCAGUGCCAGGCGGCCAGAGCGGGUCCUCGACAGCGAGCCAGCAUGGCCCCGCGCCCAGGACCAGACUCAGGAGAGCACCCGAGGAGUCCUACUGGGCCUACUCAGGUACUUAUGGGCCCGAGGAGGGCUGGGCGUCCGCCUACCCAGAAUGCCGAGAGAGGAACCAGUCACCCAUUAACAUAGCAGACCAGGACACCAAGGUGUCUACAGAGUACCAGGAAUUGACUCUGGAUGGCUUUGAAAAUGAGUCCUCCAACAAAACCUCUAUGAAGAACACUGGCAAGACAGUGGCCAUCAUGCUGAAGGAUGACUACUUUGUGAGGGGAGCGGGCCUGCCUGGGAGGUUUAAGGCAGAGAAGGUGGAGUUCCACUGGGGCCAGAACAACGGCUCUGAGGGCUCUGAACACAGCAUCAGCGGCAGGAGGUUCCCAGUGGAGAUGCAGAUCUACAUGUAUAACUCGGAUGACUUUGACAGCCUGAGCACAGCCAUCAGGGAGAGAAGGACCAUCGCUGCGAUGACCGUCUUCUUUCAGGUGGGCCUGAAGGACAACCCCGCGGUGGACCCCAUCAUUCACGGACUGAGAGGCGUGGUGCAUCACGAGAAAGAGACCUUCCUGGAGCCGUUCAUCCUGAGGGACCUGCUGCCUUCCUCCCUGACCAGCUACUACCGCUACACAGGCUCUCUCACCACCCCGCCCUGCAGCAGGGUGGUGGAGUGGAUCAUCUUCUCCAGGCCUGUCUUUGUGUCUUAUAAGCAGCUGGAGGCUUUCUAUUCCAUCUUCACCACGGAGCAGCAGGAUCAUGUCAAGUCAGUGGAGUACCUGCGGAGCAACUUCCGCCCCCUCCAGAGUCUGGACAGCAGAGAUGUGUACAAGUCCGCUGUGAAGGACGCCUGGCAGCCCGACCUGACGGACAGCCUUGGCAACCCGUACGGAACCGAGGCCUCCAAAGGUAGGCCUACUCACUCAUGCUACUGUUUGGAUGUUAUCGCACCACGUUACAUUCACGUCCUAGUCAAACCUUCAUCCAUGUGUCACUUGUUCACUCCGCUAGCUGUCAGCUGUAACACUGCAGAGAGGACCACGGUGUACAACAUGACCCGGCAGGGUGCCGCUGGGAUGGCCCGUGUGGAGUGGCUGGUCCCCCUGGUGGUGGUGUCUGCCCUCACCCUCCUCUGCCUCAUCCUGCUGCUGGCUGUGCUGGUCUACUGGAGGAUGAACAGCAUCUGCUCUCUGCUCUGCAUCAAAUACAGGAGGUGUUUCCAGACAGCUCAUUUCUACGUGGAGGACAGUAAUUCGCCCAGAGUGGUGCCCAAUGAGAGCAUUCCAGUCAUCCCUAUUCCAGACGACAUGGACGCCAUCCCAGUCAAACAGUUCAUCAAGCACAUCUCAGAGCUGUAUUCGAACAACCAACACGGCUUCUCGGGGGACUUUGAGGAAGUGCAGCGAUGCACGGCGGACAUGAAGAUCACGUCGGAGCAUUCCAAUCACCCCGACAACAAGCACAAGAACAGAUACAUCAACAUCAUGGCCUAUGACCACAGUCGUGUUAAGCUGCGGCCUCUUGCUGGGAAGGACUCCAAGCACAGUGACUACAUCAACGCCAAUUACGUGGAUGGCUACAACAAGCCCAAGGCCUACAUCGCGGCCCAGGGACCACUCAAGUCCACGUUCGAGGACUUCUGGAGGAUGGUGUGGGAGCAGAACACUGGUGUCAUCGUCAUGAUCACCAACCUGGUGGAGAAGGGCAGGAGGAAAUGUGACCAGUACUGGCCCACAGAAAACAGCGAGGAGUACGGAAACAUUGUGGUGACGCUCAAGACCACCAAAGUGCAUGCCUGCUACACGCAACGACGAUUCACCGUGCGCAACACGAAAGUAAAAAAGGGGCAGAAGGGGCACCCUAAGGGCCGUCAGAGCGAGCGGACGGUGGUCCAGUACCACUACACCCAGUGGCCUGACAUGGGGGUCCCAGAGUACACCCUGCCCGUCCUCACCUUCGUGCGCAGGUCGUCCGCCGCCCAGACCCCCGACAUGGGGCCCAUGCUGGUCCACUGCAGUGCUGGUGUUGGUCGUACAGGGACGUACAUUGUCAUUGACAGCAUGCUGCAGCAGAUACAGGACAAGAGCACAGUUAACGUCUUGGGGUUCCUCAAACACAUCCGGACGCAGCGGAACUACCUGGUCCAGACUGAGGAGCAGUACAUCUUCAUCCACGAUGCGUUGAUGGAGGCCACCAUGGGCCGGGAGACGGAGGUGGCGGGCGGCCAGCUCCACAGCUACGUCAACAGCAUCCUCACGCCAGGCCUCGGAGGCCGGACGCGUCUAGAGAAGCAGUUCAAGUUGGUGACCCAGUGCAACUCCAGGUUUGUGGAGUGCUUCAGCGCCCAGAAGGACUGCAACAAGGAGAAGAACCGCAACUCGUCUGUGGUGCCCUCGGAGAGAGCGAGGGUUGGGCUGGCACCUUUGCCUGGCAUGAAAGGCACCGAUUACAUCAAUGCUUCUUACAUAAUGGGCUACUACAGGAGCAACGAGUUCAUCAUUACCCAGCAUCCUUUGCCUCACACGACCAAGGACUUCUGGAGGAUGAUCUGGGACCACAACGCCCAGAUCAUUAUCAUGCUGCCUGACAACCAGGGACUGGCGGAGGAUGAGUUUGUGUACUGGCCUAGUCGAGAGGAGGCCAUGAACUGUGAGGCCUUCACCGUAACCCUCAUCAGUAAAGACAGACUGUGUCUCUCCAACGAGGAGCAGAUCAUCAUCCACGACUUCAUCCUGGAGGCCACCCAGGAUGACUACGUGUUGGAGGUUCGUCAUUUCCAGUGUCCCAAGUGGCCCAACCCUGAUGCUCCCAUGAGCAGCACCUUUGAGCUCAUCAACGUCAUCAAAGAGGAAGCCCUCACCAGAGAUGGACCUACCAUAGUGCACGACGAGUACGGGGCCGUGUCGGCGGGGACUCUGUGUGCCCUCACCACCCUGUCUCAGCAGCUGGAGAGCGAGGGGGCCGUGGACGUCUAUCAGGUGGCCAAGAUGAUCAACCUCAUGAGGCCUGGUGUCUUCACUGACCUGGAUCAGUACCAGUACCUUUAUAAAGCUAUGCUUAGUCUCGUCGGCACCAAGGAGAAUGGUGCUAGCCUCAUGUCCAUGGACAGAAACGGCACUAUGGCUGCCAUGUCAGAUGAGUCGGACCCAGACGAGAGCAUGGAGUCUCUGGUGUGAAGGAGCCUCCUGGUAGCCCCAAGAGCCCAGGAAGGCAAGCUGAGAGGGAGGCACUUACCUUUGUAAAACGUCAAGGACUAUAUAAAACAAGACUUUUUGAGGCCUUUUUUGCCAGACUCUUGGUUAAACGAAUAACCUGAUUACUUUUUUACACUGAUAAAAAGUUUUUGAUAUUUAUUUUUUCGCCAUUUUAUGUCUUAAUGUUAUCCUACUGAACGUUUGCACCUGGAUUUUUGAGUUCACAACAAUGAAAAACACUUCUGUCUUUUCCUUGUUUGCACUAUAUCAUGUCAGUGUUACUGCCUAUACAAAGCUGAUCAACCUCCUUCUCCUACACUCAAACUCUGAUUUGAACAUUCCAUAAUAUAGCAAAGUCCUCGUAUCCAACUGCUUUUAUGAAAACAAACAUGGUUCUGUAUGCCCUCUACAGGCCACCUUUACUGCAUACACAUUACUACCACUAAUUUGCUGAAAACUCAUUUGUAGGGGCAUUUAAUUUCUUCCUUCUCUUUCUUUAAUAUCACACCAUUUAUCAUUACAAGUCUUAUUAGCAAUUUCAACUCAUAUAUGAAUAUUGAAGGUGGUAUCAUUACUGCUACUGUGAACUUUUUAUUUCUUUGUAUGAUUUAUAUUAUGCUUUUUAAUAUAUGAAAGUAUAUGUAUACAUAUAUGAAUAUAUCCUUAUCAUUAUAACUUUGUGAUUUUGUAGAUGUCCUUUGUCAUGACCUGCCUGAGGCCAGUUGAUUUCCACACAAAAAUGUAUUCAACAGGUGACCCUGUCAGCUGACCCUGUCAGGUGACCCACAGACUGUCAUGCCCGUAUCUGUUUUUGCUUUGUACCUCUCUUUUGUUCUCUUGUUGUUUCUUCUUGUGCUGCUAAUCAUUCAAAACCACACAAAGACAUGAAAACACAACUAAGAAGGGGGUGCCCAUUGUCUACAUCUGACACAGUCUUUAAGUUCACUUGGACAUUCUAGAAUUGGUGUGCUCACGUGUCACAAGGCCUUGUGUAUAUAUUUUAUAUUCCUCACUGUUGCUGAAAUGUGUGUGUGUGCGCAUGUGUGCGUGUGUGGCUGUGUGUACUGUAUGUGAUAUGAUUGUAUGACUUUUGUAAGGUUUUGCUCUAAAGGAAGUUAGAUUGGAAUUUUGUGGCCUAAGCAAGGACAGACUUACUGUGGUUUUGGGGUCCUAGAGCGCUGUACAUUUACUGUCAUUUGCCAGACUUUAGUUGUUCCCUCUCCACAACAUUACAAUUUCAGGACAUUAUCAUUUUUAUAAUUACCGAUACAUCCUGAUUCAAACUGAAUGAAAGGGAGACCACCUGGGAUUUGCAUUUGAAAGAAAAUGUGAAUUCUUAAGACAGCACAAUGCCAUGGCUAUUAGAACAUAUUAUUAAAGUUCAGUUAUGACAACUAAGCAGUGGGGAUAUGAUUUGUAAUGUUUACCAAAGACUUGAACUAACUUCUGUAAAGAUAAAUAGGAGAGAGUUGGUGCCAGAUGGAGGUUUUCUUUUCUUUCUGGGGGCAACUUUUACUAACUUUGCAUCACCACUGCUCUUGUCAGCUGGCAUGUCAAUUUGGAAGUGUUUCUGCGAUUGUAUGGUAUCCAGUUUUCUGUUGAAGUGAAAGACACAAAGAAGUAUUUUAAAUAUCAAGGUUUCCGGAAGUAAGGGGUUUGCGCCAACAUCGUAAAAAAAAAUUCCAGCCAUGUCCUUUCGAGGGGCACAUACUAUGUUAAAACUCUCCAACAUUUGGGGUAAAAAAAUUGUUUUCUUCAGCUAGUUCAUGUUGAUGUAUUGAACUCAGCCUUCAUAUUCCUGAGCGAUCCCAUUUACGAACCUCACUCAACAUUUUGAUUUAUAUACACACAAAUACAAUUGUACAUAUGAUUUGCUACCUUGAUCAGCCAUUACCUGGAAACUUUGUAUCUAUGGUAUAUAAUCAUAGAAUUUUAUAUUUUCAUAUGAAGCUACUUUUUUUUUCCUCUAAUUUCAUUUAUGUAAUUGCAUUGCUUUAGUGGUGAAACCAAGUUUGUGUGCAUUGAGAUUGUGGCUCUCAUCACAUUUCCAUACAAAUCCACCCCUUCAAUUAUCUUUCAGGCAGUGAUUGUGAUAUUAUUGUUAUUUUCUUACUUUCCUUGUUUUCCCUUUUUGAGAUAUGAUUCUGUUGUCAAGUGUGCAAUAGAAUAGCUCUCAGUAAGUCACUGAAUAAUUUCAUCCAUUUACCCAUUUUGGACAGGUGGCUGUUGCUUCCUUUUUUUAACCUGAAAUAAGAAAAAAAGGAAAACGUUUUGUUUUGUCAAAAGCUAUAUCAAAGCAUUCUAUAGUGUUAUUUAAUAUGUACAUUGUAUUGCUAUACAUAAAUAAAAUAUGAGUUUUGAUGUA